AUGACAGGAAUCCGAUACAAGUAUGCCAUCUGGUGGCUUUCGAGCCCGUCCCUCAGGGCGGCCUGCGCUGCAUUACACACAGGAGGUCCAGCUCGCGCAUCGGUUGGAUCCCGUUGUAAGACGCUCUCCGCUUGCAGGGUGCGGUCGGGCCCCACCGUCCCAAGGCUAGGGAAAGCCGGGUGGUAUUGGAGCCGGUGCCUUCGGGGCCGCGUGACCGCCCCCGGUGGACCCACCCUGGUCGACGGGCGAGCUAUGGAGAGUCGUGGGUCUGGCCUCUAG